UAUUGUGUAAAAAGGAACUCUUGAUCUAAUUGUCAUAUUAUUAUUUUUGAGGAGGUACCUGUUAUUUAAAUGUCAAGGAGAUUAACGCAAUAUAGACAUUAUUAUUUGACAUAAGUCUUUUAUUUACAUAGAGUCAGUGUGGUUUUGAUUUAUAUACAAACAGCAUGGUUUGAUUCGACAGGUUGAAAGCGAAAGUGGAAAUGAACGGGAAUUUCCCCAAAAUGUUGAUAUUACUUGUAGCCAUAUCAAACUAUAUUAAACAAUUGUUUCUCUAUGAAAGAUGGAUUAUAAUUCGUUACAUGACAUAUAUAAUAAUCAUUGUUUCUCAGUGAAAGAUGGAGAACCCGCCCGACUUUUACCGGAUCAUGUCUCUCCGCCUGUCCAGGGCGUUAAGCGACAUUGGCGUCAACAGGUGGAUGGUGAGGAGAAGAAGGAGAACUUUCCUCAUGUUAGAGGCGAGCUUGACGAUCAGGGAUAAAGUACAAGGACUUGAUGGGACCAGUUUCCAUUUCGGGAGUCAGUCAGAGGGAACAACUACACCGGGGCUAAACUCCGAUAUUGACACAUUAACCUGCAUAAACGACACCAACAUCAUGUCCUCCUGGUCUGAAUGGGAAGCCGGGAGGUUAAACAUGCUGAUGUUGAAGGAGGAGACGUGCUCCCCACAACAUUAUCUUCUACAGGUGAUUAGACAUGACUCACCUGAACCAGUCAUACAUUCAAGACAUGUAUUCCAUGUAGUUGACAGUAAAGGCCGUGUAUUAUAUGCCAACACAGAAUUCGGAAAUCUCACCAAAAAACAAGCAAUAGAAAAUAACUGGCACUACUACUCGAGUGGCCCAUCUCAUAGCAGUUCUAAAAUGUAUGACCUUGUGUACGCGUUGUUGUGUAGGUCUCUUCCGCUAGAAUGCCACGGGUGGUUUGAACGGCCGAGGCCCGGACACUGGCCGACACCGGAACUGUUAAGAGAUGUAAAGGAGUGUGGGUGUUUUCUUGUUCCUGAUGGACACUUUGACAGCCGUGUCAAAUAUGUUGAAUGGAGAAUUUCUCCAAGUCUUAUUGAGAGAACACUGAUGUUUAACAUGAAAACAUUACAGCUUAAAUGUUAUGUGGUUCUGAAGAUUCUAAAAUCACACGUCAUUAACCCAUUUUUAUAUAAUGAAGGUAAGCUGACAAGUUUUCACUGCAAAACUGCACUCUUUUUCGCCGCGGAAAGAUUGCCAUCCGGAAUGUGGACAGAACAUCGCCUGAUGGAAUGUAUUGUGUAUUGUUUGAAACUGUUGCUAGGGUGGACGAAUACCGGUAUGUGUCCGCACUAUAUUGUAGCAGGCGUGAAUCUUUUCCAUGGAAAAUUUACCAAUCGGCAACUAGCAAAACUUUCUAAGAUCCUUUCAAACAUCAUUGACACUCACUUAGCAAUUCUCGCGUGUAUACAGGCAGACGAUUUGGGCUACCGGAUGUUGAGCACAAAUAUCAGAACUGUUCGCUACAGUGAAGGGUUACACAUAUCGACAAACAAUAGAUUAUGUAGGUGGCUAAGUGUAUUUGCUUUCCACAAACAUAAAAAGGUUAUUUUGCAUACUUUGAAAAAGACAACUGAUUUGACAUCUGAACAACUAUGUAGAUUCUUUGUCAUGUAUAUUGAAACAAUGCGUGAAUAUGUACAGGAGUUCCCGAGGUAUAAUAGUAGUUUAUUUUUCAUCAAUAUUCAGAAACAAAUUCUAAGUAUUAUGGCAUCAACUGCUGCAUCAUUUUGUAUACAAAAUGGUUGUGUUGUUCCUAGAAAUAUACUGUCCCUGUUUGAAAGUUCCCUAGAUACGGAUGUAGCGUCAUCAAGACUGAAGUUGGCUUCUUUUCUCGUCUGUCAUAAUGAGCUUGAAAGAGCAGCGGACGUGCUGAAUGAUGUUGAACGUAGAUAUGACGACAGCGUGCAAGCUGUAUGUGCAUGUGGAAGAAUGGAUCAUUUAGAUACAGAACAUAACAAACCACUGUGCACUUCCGGUGUUGUUGAUAACGAUGAUGUUCUCUUAACAAACAAAACCGCAUUAUGUGUUCGAUACUUGAGACAGGAAGCGUUCUGUGCACCACCGAUAUUGCGUUUCGAGAUGGUGAGGGGAAUUGGCGAGGAUAUCAAUCAUAGAGACAUUGAUGAACGUGGUUGGAUGAACUGGGCCGUGGUUGACGCUCUGCCUUACCUCUACUACCUGCAAUACCUGACGUUUCGCGGUCUCGGCCAGCAAGGAAGACAACUACAAGUAUUCAACAACUUACUGAACUGCUUCCUUGACGACAACCUUAGUUCCCAUAUCUACCACCCGGAGACGUGUGCCAACCUGAUAGGGCACUGCAUGGAGAUGAAGGGCGAACCGUACGAGGCUUUACUAUUGUACAGGGCAUCAGUCGAAGCGAUGCCUAGGAACAACGCGGCGCACUGGCACAUUUACAGACGGAUUCAUGGCAUCGAGAUUUAGAUAGGACAAUUUACAGUGACUAUAUAUAUUACAUAGAUAUAUAAUAACAAAUGAUAUUCACGCAUUCUUUCAUCCUAUAGCGAUUGUUACAUCAUCAACUGCAUAUCAUAUAACAUUAUUUUUAUUUAAACAAUGUACUUCUCAUUAAGAUUAUCAUCAUUAAUAUUAUUAAGUUAAAUUUUUAUAUGGUUGAUUAUGACAAAAAACAACUGAAUAUCAUUUAACAUUAUUUAGUGACUAUAUAUAUAUAUAUAUAUCUGCCAGGAAAUUAAUAUAGAUUAAAAUAAAUCAUUUUUUCAUUUAAUGGUUAGGGUUUUGUAUAAUAAUAAUAAUAAUAAUAAUUAUUAUUAUUAUUAUUAUUAUUAUUAUUAUUAUUAUUAUUGUUGUUGUUGCUUAAAAUGACGGAUCUAUUUGAAUCAACUCACUAACGUUUACCUUAUGUUUUAUAUGGCAAUGAAUGUAAUAACAUUUAAUGACUCAUAAACGAUAUGAUACGAGAAUAAUCAUUUAAUCACCAACCAACCAUUGUAGUAUUCUUACAUUUUCCAGUAUGCAAUUUUUGUUAUGUAAAUAUUCAAUGGUGAGUUAAUUUUUUCAGUUUUAAUUUUAAUUUACUGUUCUCAUUUCUAUAAUCUGUUUCCAUUUUAGCACCUUGUAAAUAGCAAAGUAUUUUUCAUUUCAUGAAGUUAUAUCUUUUUACUUGUAUGUUGUAGAAAUAAUACUCUAUGUACUGGAUUCGUCUUUAAAAGAUUAAAAGAUACAAAAAUAAAACAGAUAUAUG